GGGUUUCAAGCCUCAGGGUGGGUGGGGACACGUCAAUCAUAUUCAUAAUUUAGAAGGUUCCAUGAGUUAAGUAUUCACUCUCCUUAUCUAUGUUGUGUGCUUGUUGGUAAAUCAUAACAUUGGAACUGGUAGGUGGCAAAUAAGGAGUGUAGAUGGAUUUGUACACAGAAGGUCUGACCCAUUUCCCAAGGGUUCAUUUUGAUUAUAUACAGAGAAGACUUUUCAAUUUUGACUUAAUAUUUCUAUUAAAACCUCUGACAACAUUUCCUAAAAUUCUCUCAAAAUAGGAGCCUGAGUAUGGGGGAGAGUGGGGGCUGCAUGACUUUGUUUUCUCUGUUCUCCACUUCUCAUUUCUGGGGCAUUGCUGUGAAUUGUUCAUCCAAAGCCUUAUUCCCCUUGAGAAGAGGCCCAUUUGAAUAGCUGCAGUGGAGGAGAUCACAGACAGUGUAGGGUGUUUAUAGAACACAACGUGGCCAGGGAGGAGACUGUCCGUAGAAGCGAGGUCUCCUUCUCUCCUGGAACCCAAAGAGGGAGGAGACAGAAGGACUUGUUUUGGUUUUGAACUACUGAGCUAGGUGACAUACUUCUUUUCUCCCUGCCCAUCAUUACUGUGGACAUAAAAGUUAUAGUGAAUUUUGUCUGGUUGCUUUGGGUGAGGUUUAUUGAAUGUCAGAAUUCAUCAAGUGACAUUUCUGGUUCUUCUCCCUUCUUACUAAUGGAUGCUUGAUUGACUGCUACACCCAAUUCUCCAGUGUUUCUUCACAAGACAGCCUGUUCCUCUCAUUAUUGCAGGUAGUUAUGAAGGCCCUGCCCCCUUUGCCCUCUUCUCCUAUUUUCACAGCACCCCAUUGGUAUAGUUAGGUAAAGGGAAGAGUAGGACUGUACACACUUUACCAUCAGUACAGCUAAGUGGAUGACACAGAAUGGGGAAAAGGGGGACCAAAGUGACAUCUGACUUUGGGUACUGAUUUGGAGGCAAAGAGUUUUAAGACAGAGGAACCAAUAUUUGUAUUUCAAAUUCAAAUGUAAUUUAAAAAAUGGUUCUGUAAUUGCAAUGACACAUGAAUUAAUGUGUCAUAUCUCAUGCCCAAGCACCACGUAAUCAUCCUGUGUGUGAAUUAUUGCACAAUACAUUCAUUCCCUGUUGUGACAUACAGCUUAAUUAGUACAUGAAGCUACAUGAGUUAGACGAAUGUAAAGGGAUUAUGUCCCGUGGUGUGCAAUAAAGGAGAAUGUUGGGAGGUAUUUGGCACUGUUUCUGAGGGGAAAUCAGGGUUGAUUUUUCUAUGAUGUCUUUUGGUUUCAAUUUCAGUGAUACUUGGGCCGCAACAGGUGACAUGGGAUUUCUGAGCUACAGUUGGUUGGUUGAACACCACCAUUAAGUAAAUAUUUCUUGUUUAGGCAUUAUUAAGGGUCAAAUGAAAUACAAAGCAGCAACUUGAAGCGUGAGUAAUGGACCUCGGCAGCCCCAAGUCUACUUGGCUUCACUGAGUCUCACUGAACCUGAUCCCAGAUUCUCCUCCCUGGGCUUGCUGCAGCUCUCUGAUCCUGGAAUCCUCUUCAGGUCCAGCUAGGAUGCUGCGUCAGGCACUUCAUAGAUUUGGUCAAAAACUGGUACGAAGACCUACACUGAAGGAACCGGUGGCUAAGGAUGACCCACGGAGAAGCCUGAACACUCUGGAUUUAGUGGCUCGGGUUGUGGGCCGCACAGUGGGUAUAGGUGUGUAUAUCCUGGCUGGUGAGGUGGCCAGAAAUCAAGCAGGACCAUCCAUUGUGAUCUGCUUUUUGGUGGCUGGCCUAUCUUCUGUGUUGGCUGGGCUGUGCUAUGCAGAGGUUAGCGCCCGAGUUCCCCAUUCUGACUCUACAUAUCUCUACAGCUUUGUCACUAUAGGUGAACUCUGGGCUUUCAUCACUGGCUGGACCCUCAUACUCUCCCAUGUUGGUGAUAAAGCCAUUGUGGCCCGUGCAUGUAUCUUAGCUUUUGACAACCUGCGUGGGAACAAGAUCUCUCAGACCCUGCGCGAGAGCAUCUCACCACAUGUUCCCCGUGUCCUUACAGAAUAUGUAGAUAUCUUUGUUGUGGGUCUUGUGUUUUUGCUCAUAGAAUUCCGGAAUCUGAGGUAUGUUUGGUCUUUCCCAGUUACCAAAAUGGCCACAUUGGUGAAACUUUUGGUUCUCAGUUUUGUCAUCUCUGGCUUCAUUAAGGGGGACCUGCACAACUGGAAACUCACAGAAGAGGACUAUGCAAUGGCUGGACUCAAUGACACCUCAAGCUUGGGCCCUCUGGGCUCUGGAGGAUUUGUGCCUUUUGGCUUUGAGGGGAUUCUCCGUGGAACAGCUACCUGUUUCUAUGCAUUUAUAGGUUUUAGCAGCAUUUUUGAAAAAGUUGAAGAAGCCCAGAAUCCCCAGCAUUCCAUCCCCAUGGGCAUUGUCAUUUCACUGUUCAUCUGCUUUUUGGUGUAUUUUGGUGUCUAUGCAGCACUUACACUUAUGGUGCCUUACUACAAGCUUCGACAUGGGAGCACCUUGCCUCAGGCAUUACUCCAUAUUGGCUGGGCCCCUGCCUACUAUUUUCUAGCUUUUGCAUUUCUGUGUAUUGUUUCUGCCAGGCUCUUGGGCUUUAUGUUUCCCAUACGUCGAGUAUUACACAGGAUGGGACAGGAUGGUCUCCUGUUCCCUGUCCUUGAAAGAAUCCGUUCCCGCCCAUUCAUCCUUAUCAUGACCACUGUGAUCUUGAGCAUUAUUACAGCAAUCAUGGCAGUCUUCUUUGGGCUCACUGAUCUCCUGGACCUUAGGUCAGUUGGAUCCCUGAUACCUCACUCCCUGGUUGCUACUUCCAUUCUCAUCCUCAGGUAUCAGCCUGAGGCAAAGGAAGGGGAAAAUGAAUCAGAGGUGCUGGAGGAGAAUGGUCAUAUAGUAGAGAGGCUGACUUUACAGGGACUACUUUUUCCAGGCAGCCCCACCCCCACUCCACUCUCUGGCUGGGUUGUCCGUGUUUGCUCCGCACUGCUUGCUCUGCUGCUAAUUCUUCUUUGCCUGGUGCUGGCCCAGUGGCCAGUUCUGCUUUCUGGAGACCCAGUGUGGAUUUCAGUGGUUGUCGUGCUCCUGGUGCUCAUCACUGGGCUCACUGGGGUCAUCUGGAGACAGCCUCAGGGCCUUAGGGUCCCUGCUCUGCCUCUGCUCCCACUACUGAGCAUCUUCAUGAAUGUUUGCCUUAUGGUGCAGAUGACAGCUGCCACCUGGGCCCUAUUUGCUGUCUGGAUGUUGAUUGGGUUUGCUAUCUACUUUGCCUAUGGGAUCCAGUACAGUCUGGUCUCUAACUCCGCUUAAGUUAGGGCCAAAAGUGUAGACCUUGAACUAAGCAGUACCAGUACAUAUUUGGUUUGACAUCAUCACACCUGAAUGCAGUCUUGUCUCUCUGCACAAUAUUGGAGAGUCUCUUGACUGCAUGGAAAGCUAGGCCUCCAAAGGGAUGUUGGUGGGUGAACACUAAUAGAGCCCAGUGUGUAUUGUGAAGGAUGUGUCUUUGCUCUUUCUCCUUUUUUUUUUUUUUUAACCUGUCUACUUUUGAAUUGUGUCUGUAGCUGCUUACUCGCUUUCAAAUAUUAUUAAAAGAAAUUACAAAAAGUG